GAUCCUCAUUACAAAUACUGAAGAGUUAAGAUAAAAGAACCAGGCGUCAAGUUGUUGAUGUAAACACCUGACAGCCAUGGCUGACGUAGAUAACACCAAGCUGGAGAUUCCAGAUUUUGUAGACCCAGGAGGUUAUGGAGAUGUAUCUGGAGAGAUGGCCGUUCCUGGAACUGUGGGCAAGACUCAGGCAGAGGAGUAUAACACACUUGAUGAACCAGUUAGGGAAACUAUUAUGCGUGACUUAAGAGCAGUGGGCACAAAAUUCUACCAUGUUUUAUACCCCAAGGAGAAAAAGGCACUCCUGAAGGAAUGGGAUCUGUGGGGGCCACUUAUCUUGUGCACAUUUAUUGCCAUGAUGGUUCAGGGAUCUGAAGAUUCAAAUAAACAUGACGGUGGACCGGAGUUUGCACAGGUGUUUGUCAUUGUUUGGGCGGGAGCUGCGGUUGUGACCAUGAAUACUAAAUUACUCGGUGGUACCAUAUCGUUUUUCCAGUCGGUAUGUGUCCUGGGUUAUUGCCUGAUGCCCUCUUGUCUCUCCCUCAUCUUAUGCCGUCUCAUACUCAUUGCCACGCAAAAUAAGGUCCUUUUCGCCCUCAGAUUCAUUGUCACUUGCAUUGGAUUUGUGUGGGCGACUUUUGCUGCCAUGAUAUUCCUUGGAGACAGUCAACCAAGCACUAGGAAAGCUUUGGCAGUAUAUCCAAUAUUUCUCUUCUACUUUGUUAUAUCUUGGCUCAUUAUCUCACAUUCUAAUGUAUGAUGUUUCCUUGUUUACACGGUACCUAGAUGUCAAACCAUGUUAUGAUUUUUUCUUUAUUUUUUGUUAUAUAUAUAUAUAUAUAAAUAAAUACUGUUAGCACAUGAACAGUAUAAAAAAAAGCAACGAGUGUGAUUCUAGGCUAAUAAAUCACAAACAUUUUGAGAGCAUCUAAAACAUGCUGUGUAUAUCAGCUUAUGUUCUCAAGGUGUAAGUGAUAUUGACGGUUUACAUAUUGUUUAUUACAGAUGGCCUUGUACAUAUGUGCAUGUAAAAACAUUAAUUGCAGUCUGAAUUGAGAAGACAGUGUAAGAGAUUAUAAAUAUUAUUUAAACUAUAUUAGGCUUAAUAGUGAAGCUGAGUUUUUUUUUAAGCAUACUCUGUAUAAGUUGUGUAUUUUCAUUAGACUUAUUUUGAAGUAAAGUAUAUAGUACAUAAUCUUUCUAAAAUAAAGUAUAUAUACUGUAUAUACAGUACAGUAUAUAUGUUUUUUAUGCUUCUAUCUUCUUUAUAUACCAUAUGGUGCUGUUUAUCCAUUCAUUGUAAUAUGAAUUUAAAAAAUAUUUUAUUCUACAUUGGCAAGAACUAUCAAGAAAAUUGUCUAUAUUCAAUAUACAGUAUAUAAUUUUCCACCAACUAGCAGGGUGGCAUAUGUAAUCUGUGCUAUUACUAUCCUUCUCGGCUGCAUAGAUUCACCCCUCUUGCAUACACAGCCACCCCCUAGAUUUUCCAUGGAUGCAUCCCUGGAAAACCUAGAGUACAUUUUUAUACGGUAAAUAGCAAUUAACUAAUAAUACAGUUUUAAAACUAUUUGUACACAGGUUCCAAAAACCAUACAAAAAUCUUUAAAAAUGGUGGUAGAUGAAUGGAAUCAAUUAAAAAAAGGUAAUGUAUACCAGAAGCUUCAAAUCUUCACUGACAAAGAUUGUAGAGGAGAUAGGACACCACUAGUGUAUCCCUCAUCCUGUAACAUUAUUUGGGUUAAUACACACUGACCUAUGUCCGUCAGACAAGUUUGAACCUAUUCCGAUAAGUUGCCAUCCCUUUAAAAAAUGGCACUACAGUAUUAUAUAGCUUAUCUACACAAAAUGGAAUAAACUCAAGCAUCAUAGCUGUUUAUGUUUCAAAAUGUUAAACUCCUAGCAUAACCUGAAAUUAAUCAAGCUUCAGAAUGUAGAGAGUAUUCAUAGUAUGAGCAGGAUUAAGCAAAUUAUAUAUAAAUUGAGGAAGUCACCUGCUUGAGGUACCCACUGUCUAUUUAAUUCAUGUUUAUAGAUUAGUUAAAAUUUCAAAGUAUACAAAGGAGACCAGUUAAAAUAUAAGCAUAUUGUCAUGUGUGGUUGCAGUGGUUACGAAUCCAAAGGGAACAAUCAUAGAAAUACUACAGUACUUUGAACAUGUGUUUAAUUGAUAUACAAACAUUACAUGAUUUAUAAUAUUUUUGCUCAUAUAAACAAUCUGAAUAUCUUGGGUUUAGUGCUUCUCUUAAUAAUUACCAUGUGCAUAUGUAGUUCAAAAGAGCAAAACUUUUUAUGGGCUGGAUAUCUUAAUGUGUUCGGGUUCUUGAUGUUGCAUGAUUUUUUUUUAUAUUUACAGUAUAUUUAUACACAAUAUUUGCCACUAUUAUAUUGAAGUAUUUUUGCACGCAUUUUUGGAAUGCAUUUAUAUUUCAUGUGUUGCAUCAAGGGCAUCGCCAGAAUGAGCAAGCAUGUUGGAAUGACAACUGCAAACUAAGUUUGUAUUAAUAAAUGUUGUAUGAAAUAUCAAAAGAAUUUUUGCUUCUAUUAUGAAGCUACUAGUAUAUCCUUGUCAUGAAUCACAAUAAACAAAUACUGUAUUUUCUUUUGGUUGCAUAUUUUGGAAAGUCCCAUGAUACUUUGCACCAGUAUACCACUGCUUGUUACUUUUUAUAUAUGCUGUACAAUGUAUUGUAUAUCCUUAAUGCUUAUUCUGCUUUGAAGAUCGAGUUUUUCUUUAGUGCAAAGGUUUCAAAGGUUUUCUGACAAAUUCUUUACUUUGUGUGUAUUAGUUCUGUACUUGACUAAGGUAAUUUACAUAUGUCACUUAAGAAUUUUACAACUCAUUCUAUAAUUUAUUUACGUACUUAUUUACUUUAGAAUUUAUUUACUCAGUACAGUAAUUAUGUUAAUCUGAUCUUAUAUAACCAGUGAGUAUAAUGCUUACAUAGUUUGUAUACCAGGAACUUCUAAAGUCAAGUUGGUAAUAACAUUAUACAUUUUUUAUGCAAUUUAACAAAAGUCAAAUUUCGAUACAGUAUUUCAAAAUGCAUGUAUUGUCAUACAUUUUGAAAUUGCUUUGUCUGUCUGCAAAAGAUUCCAUAGUAAUAUAGUAAUCGAUUUAUUUUUAUAAGUCAACGAUUAGUAGGUUUAUAAGAUACUUGAUCUAAUAUCAAAUAUUAGGGUCCCGGUAGUACAGUCUGGUUCAUUCUCAACUCGCAAUCAAGAAUUCUGGGUUCAAAUCCCAGGCGGGACAGAAAUGGUUGGGCAUGUUUCCCAUCACCCAAUGCCCCUGUCCACCUAGCAGUAAAUAGAUACCCAGGAGUGAGUUAGCUUGUUGUGUUUGCAAUAAAGUUAAUAAAUAUUGUGAUGUAUCCUAAUGAAGCCAAACCAAACAGCAUCACUCAAGAAAGUCAGCAUUCUCUAUUCUAAUUUAUACUCUACAACAAAAUUUAGUACUUUUUUGUUAAAUAUUUGCAUGUGAUUGGAUUUUUUUUUUAAAGAAUGUUUAAUAGCAUGUUUUAUAUGUAGCAUGUACAGUAAAAUAUCAAACUAAUGUAGAUGGAGUAUGAUAGCACUUAAAGGUUACAGGAUGUGUUCUUUCUCAACAUCCAGAAAUGUAGAAGUGCAACGAAUCUCUGAUUUUAAUGAAUUUUGAGUCUUAAACAUACUGCAGUGAAUGCCAUUUGCUGCUGGGAGUGUUUUGUUUACCUAAGCAAUGGAAGCUUUGAAAGCCAGCCAAUUGUUAUUUAUUUAAAUUAUUCUUCAAAU